AAAAUAAAUUACCGAAAAAUUAUACAUAAUAUUCAUAUGAAAAUUGACAAUCAUUACAAUGAAAAUUGUGAAACUGUUUAAUAUAUCAUUGGCCAGUGUUUAUACCUAUUGGUUAAUUUGGCUGCGAUUAGCUGCGAUUUGUCGUACACUAAACAUAACUAUUUUACAUAAUAAUGAUUUUCACACACAUUUCGAGCCAAUUAACGAAUGGAGUGCUGAGUGUAAGAGCGGUGAACAGCAAUGUUUCGGUGGUAUCGCACGAACGGUCGCCAAAGUAAACGAAAUCCUAUCACAACCAGUGGAGGGAAAUGGCGAUAACGUACUGUUCCUGAACGGCGGCGACCACUUUCAGGGCACCAUUUGGUAUACGUUCAUGAAAUGGAAAGUCGUGGCAAAGUUUGUCAAACUUAUGAGACACGACGCCAUGGCUUUAGGCAAUCAUGAGUUUGACGACGGAGUCGAAGGACUGUUGCCUUUCUUAAAGAAUGUCACACAAAAUAAUGAGAAAAAUUUGCCCAUAGUUUGCGCCAACAUUGAGACCUCCGGGGAAUUACAACAACUAAUUAAGCCGUCAAUUGUUGUGGAGAGAGGGGGCAAAAAGAUAGCCAUCAUUGGGUAUAUCACACCCGAGACCUCAUUCCUGGCCCGACCCGGAGAUACUGUCAAAUUUAACGAUGAAAUCGAUAGCAUUAAGAAAGAAAUCGAGAACUUAAAGAAAAUUUAUCCCAAAAACGAGUUAAAUAUUUUUAUAGCUGUCGGCCAUUCAGGCUAUGAGAAGGACAAAGAGAUCGCUGAGAAGAUACCGGAGUUGGAUGUAGUGGUCGGCGGACACUCCAACACAUUCUUAUACACCGGGAAACAACCGUCCAUUGAAGUGCCCGAAGGCCCGUAUCCUGUAGUCUACGAUCAUAACAGUGAGGGUAAAACACUUGUGGUUCAGGCCUACGCUUAUGGCAAAUAUCUCGGGAAACUGGACGUUGUCUUCGAUGACAACGGCCUAAUCACCAGUUAUUCCGGAAGUCCUAUACUUUUGGACAGCAGUACUAAAGAAGAUCCAAAAGUGUUGGCAGAAGUGCAAGAGAUCGCCAAAGAGAUCGAUGAUUACUACAAACAAGAGGUCGGUUACAGUUAUGUAGUGUUGGAUGCGUUGGGCUGUCGGAGAAAGGAGUGUAAUUGUGGUAAUCUAAUGGCCGACGCGUUUGUCACCUAUUUUUUGAGCGAACAGACAGUGCGACAGAUGGGCUGGAAUGCGGUUCCCAUGGCUAUCGUGAACGGCGGUGCCGUCCGGACGACAAUCAACGCCGGAAACAUUACGAUGAAGAGCGUGGUGUCCACCGCCCCCUUCGGUAACCCUAUGGGGGUUCUCAAGACCACCGGAUACUCUUUGUGGCAAAUUCUUGAACACUCGGCCUCUCAGUACCAAUUGGGAGGCUUUCUACAGGUGUCGGGCAUUAGGUAUGAGUUUGACUCUCGACUCCCAAAAGGAAGUCGUCUGAAGAAAGUUAGGGUGAGAUGUGGUGACUGUCAGACCCCGGCCUACGAAGACCUCGAUCUCAGCAAAACCUAUUCAAUCGCUGUCUCUGAAUACCUGGUGAACGGCGGCGACAACUAUACGAUGAUUAACAAAACUCAGUUCACACCACAAGAGCAUCUCGAUUACGAUGUGAUCAUCGAUUACGUCAAGAAGUAUUCGCCGAUAAUCACUGGUCUCGAGGAGAGGAUUAUUGAUCAGUCAAAGACGACAACACCUAAUAGUCAUGCAAUUAGCGCUCGUUUAGCGUAUAAUCUAAUUAUAGUUAUACUGUCGGCGUAUAUAUACUCCAGUUAUUUGUUGCGAUCGCAGCGCAAAUCCAGGGGACAUAUCAUUAUCAUCGGCGGCUCACAGGGCGGCGGCAAGACUGUCGAGGAGAAGAUAGUGCCGGUGCCGGUGCCCUAUCCCGUACAUCAUCCCUGUCCUAUGCAUAAGGCGCCGAUGAUUGUUAAAUAUCCUGUGCCCGUACGCCAAUACCAUCACCACAUGCCAUCGCAUUCAAUGCCAGUUCCCGUCUAUCGACCGAUGCCAAUGCCGCCAAUGCCGGUAAAGCAGGUGCCGAUCGUCAAACACGUGCCCGUAUUUCAACAGAUCCCACAACACCAGGAGACCCAACACAUGCCGGUCUACCAGAAGAUACCGGUCUUUGAAAAGACGUUUCCCCAACACAUGCCAUCGGCGGCGCCGUCGAUGGACAGCCAGAUCUCAAUGCAUCAGCCAAUGCCUGUCCAACACCACCACCACCAACAACACCAUCAGCAACAGCAACAGCAUUACCAACAGCCACAACAACUACAACAACAGCAAUACAACCACAUCCCUGAGCCUCAAGAAACUAACAGCGAUUACUCGGGCAAUGAGAAUAUGUCGGACGAGUCGGCACCAGAGGCUCAGCAGCAACAGGCGCCCCAACCAGAGUCUAAAAUUGACCAAAUUUUAUCCAAACUCAGGAUUAAACCACUCAUCAAACCAUUAUUUAGAUAA